UCUUCCUCUUCUCCCUCCGUACGGUUCCAUCUCUCUCUCUCUCACACACACAGGAGAGAAGAGAGAAGAGAGAAGAGAGAAGAGAGAAGAGAGAAGAGGGAAUCCAAAACCCCAGAAAAGCAAGCACGGGAGCCCUACGCUAGGGUUUCCUCCUGCUCCCCACGCCGCCGCCGCCGCCGCCAUGAUCGGAGGAGGCGGUGGUGCCGCCGAGGAGCACGACGAGGAGGAUCAAGCCGCCGCCACCACCCGCACCCCGCCUUCGUCUCCCUCGCCACCCACGAUCGUGCCCGCUUCUUCGCCUCACGGCCUCGGGAGGAGGCUGCUCGGCUCCCUCAUCCGCGGCAUCGGCCCCUCCUCCUCGCCCCCGCCUUCGCCUGUCCCCAAGGUCGGCCUCAGCUUGCUGCUCCAUCUCAAGCCCAACCCCAACACCAAAAGCCCUCCUCCUCCUCGCCACCAUACACCCUCCUCCUCCUCCGACCACCACCCAACUCAGCCGGCUGCGGCCCCAGGCGAGUUGCUGGCUGCCCAAGGGCUGCUGCACUUGGCCCUGGACCCAAAACACAGCUGCAGCACACGCAAGCUCACCGAUCAAGGCACAGCAGCCUGUCAACUGGGAGCAGCCGAUGCUGUUGCCCUGCCGGAAGAUCGGGACCAGCCCCUGGUGGAUGAGCAGGAAAGCGUCGUCCACAGCCACAGGCAAGGUGGUCCAGCCAGGGACGCCAAUACUGUGGUGGAUCCAUCUGGAACUGACACAUCAGCAGCACCACAAGGUGAGGAGACCCCUGUACAGGAACAGGACAAGCUGGCGCCACAUCAACAGCAACAGGAUACGUGUACCUGGGAUGGAAAUGCUGCGGAAUACAAGGAGGAGGUAGUGGAGCAAGGUGUCACUGAUGCGCACACUGCAAUCAAGGAUGAUGUCGCUCAAGAUUGUCAAGAGAAGGUGCUGCAGCAGUGCUCCGGUGAACAGUUGAGAGCCACCAGGGGUGAUCAGGAGCUGGUGGUGGUGGAGCAAGACGCCACCGACCAAUCAGAUGAAACCACACAUGACAUUUCUGUUGAGAAUCAAGAGGAGGUGGAGUGGUGCACCGCUCACGAUGAUGCUGUGGAAGACCAGGAGGCGGUGGGGCAAGAUGCCAUGGACAAAAGAUGCGAACGCACAGAUGGUAUUGCUGCCAAGGAUCAAGAGGAGGCAUUGGAGCAAUGGGCCACUUAUGAACUGCAAACAACUGAGAAUGAAGAUGCUAAGGAUGAUGAACAGGAUGUGGUGGAGCAAGGUGUUGUCCAUGGAGGGGUUGCAACCAUGGAUAGUGUUGCUGUCAGAGAUCACGAGGUGGUGCUGCAAACUGUCACUGAUGAAAUGUGCACUGCCAUGGAUGACACUGCUGUCGAGAAUCAAGAGAAGGUAGGGGAGCAAUGCACCGCUUUUGAAUUGGGAAUCACCGAAAAUGAUGAUGUUGUGGAUGAACUAUCAAGAGCAACCGACGGUGAGAACCUUGUAGUACAAGAAAAGGACAAGUUGGUGGCCAUCGGCAAACAAGAUAUCUUCUCAGAUGGAAAUGGUCCGGGAUACCUUGAGGAGGUAUUGGUUGUCAUUGACCGACAAAGCACACUCAAGGAUGUUCAAGAGAAGGUGCUGCAGCAAUGCACCACCAGUGAUCAGUUGGGAGCUACCAGGGAUGAUCAGGAGGGUCUGAAGCAAACAGAUGAAACCACAUAUGACAUUGCUGUUCAGAAUCAAGAGAGGGUGGAGUGGCACACUGCUCAGGAUGAUACUGUGGAAGAUCAGGAGGUGGUGGAGCAAGAUGCCAUCGACCAAAGGGGCGAAAGCAUAGAUGCCAUUGCCGUCAAGGAUCAAGAGAAGGCUGUGGAGCAAUGUCCCACUUAUGAAUUUGGAACAACUGAGAAUGAUGAUGCUAAGGAUUACCAGAAGGUGGUGGAGCAAAGUGUCAUCGACAAAGGGGGUGCAACCAUGGAUGAUACUGCUAUCAACCAUCAAGAGGAGGCAGUAGAGAAAUGUGUCACUUAUGAGGGAACAACCAGGAAUGAUGAUGUUAACACUGAACAGGAGGUGGUUGAGCAAGGUAUCAUCGACGAAGAGGGUCCAACCAUGGAUGAUAUUGCUGUCAAGGAUCACGAGGUGGUGGUGCAAAGUGUCAUUGGAAUGCGUGCUAGCAUAGAUAACAGUGUUGUCGAAAAUCAAGGGAAGGAAUUGGAGCAAUGCACCACCUAUCACUUGGGAACAACCGAAAUUGAUGAUGUUGUGGAAAGUCAGGAGGUGGCGGAUCAAGGUGUUGUCAACGAAGGGGGUUCAACCAUGGAAGAUAAUGCUCUCAAAGAUCACGAGGUGGUGGAGCAAAGUAUCAUUGACGGAAUGCGUGCUGCCACGGAUGACAUUGCUGUUGAAGAUCAAGAAAAAGUGUUGGAGCAAUGUGCAGUUGACGAAUCAAGAGCACCUAUGGAUGAGUAUACUGUUGGAGAAAAGGAGAAGGUGGUGGAGCAAGGUGUCACCAACAAACAGGGUGCAAUGAACAUGGAUGUUGCUGUGAAAGAUCAGGAGAAGGUGAUGAAGCAAGGAGUCAUAGGCAAUCAUGGUACAGUGCCCAUCGAUGAUAUCGCGGUGACAGAUGGGGAGAAGGCAGUGGGACAAUUUGUGAGUGGUGCAAUUAUAACAAGCAAGGAUGAGGAGGAACAUAACACGGCGAGGAACCAAGGUGUCAUCGACGGAAAUGGCAGAACCAAGGAUGAUAUUGAUGUGGAGGAACAUGUCAUCACUGAUAAAUGCACUACAGCAAGUGAUGGUAUUGCUCUGGAAGAUCAGAAGAAUGAGUCUGAGCUAUGCAUCAGUGAUGAACAUAUCGCAAGCAAGGAUGUGGUUGCUGUUUACAUUCAGGGGGACGUGUUGGAGCAAAGGAUCGGCGAUGAACAAGGAGCAACGAAGUUUACUGUUGAAAAGCAAAAUGAUGUACAGGAACGUGUCUGUCAUGAAUGGGGUGCGACCGAGGAUGAUCUUGUUAUGAAUGCGGCAGCUUCUGAAGGUAUUAGUGGAAUUUCAUCUUCUCAAUCGGUUUCUGUCACGGUAAAUGGAAGUGAUGGGGGUAUAUGGAAGGAGAAGGUUAAGCUCUGUGUUAAUUAUCCACAAAGGCCUGGGAAACUGAACUGUCCUUCUUACAUGUCAAAAGGGAGCUGCUCAAACGGGUUAUCAUGCCACUUCAAUCAUCCAUCGCUUAAAGCCAAGCCAGAUGUUUCCUGGUUUCCCUCUGAACAAGAUAACCAUGGAGUUGCAGAAAUUUUGGAACUGAACCGUGUCGGCCUCCCAAUUCGAGAAGGAGCAAGAAAUUGUGUCUAUUAUAUGCGGAAUGGUGCUUGCAGAUAUGGCAAAAGAUGCCAUUUUAAUCAUCCAGAGCACGUCAUUGAUGCUCACUUCUCUUCGCCAACAGGGUGGGAGGAUGCUUCGCCGGCUUCACGGCACAUGAAAUAUUCUAACCAUGCAACCUUAGAUGACACAUCAUACUCAAAGAAGUCUUUUGAGGGGGCAACCUUGGAUGACACAGCACACUUGAAGAAAUCUCCUGAGGGUGCAACCUCAGAUGACACAACACACUUGAAGAAAUCUCCUGAGGAUGCAACCUCAGAUGACACAUCAUACUCAAAGAGGUCUUUUGACCACGCAACCUUGGAUGACAAAUUAUCUAGCUCAGAGGUCCUGCCAGCAAACAUACUAAGAAUGCUUUUACCUCCCCAAAAAGUACCUCCUAGUACAGAAAGAAAGGUGAUGAAGGUGAAAAAGAGUUCAAAUUGGUCAUCUACUUCAGAUGAUUCCGAUGGGUGCUGUUCAGCAGAUAGUUCAGAUGGACCUUUGUGCAAGCAGGAGCAUGUGGACUACCCUGAGAGGCCUGGCAGAUCAGAUGGCCCUUUGUACAAGCAGGAGCAUGUGGAUUACUCCGAAAGGCCUCACAAGCGAGAAUGUCCCUUCAUUAAGAGAUUUGGUGAUUGUAAAUUUGAAUCAUUGUGCAAAUAUCAGCACUCGAAAGACAGAUACCCAAGUAGAUACCAUCGGAAAGAUCCAUCGCAGGGAGGAGAAGUGGUAGAAUAUCCCACGAGACCUGGUGAACCAGAAUGCCCCUUCUAUAUGAAGAACAGGUAUUGUAAAUUUGGGGCACAUUGUAAUUUUGAUCACCCAAAGGAUUUAAAUCCAACCACUUAUAGCCCAACAAAUGAAAAAAAAUCAGUUGCCGGCAGUGAUCAUCAUGCAUCUACCAGAAUCACACUAAAAGACCCUGCACCCCAACAACAGCAGUAUCCUGAGAGGCCUGGUCAGCCAGACUGCCGGUAUUACAUGCAAUUCGGGAAAUGUAAAUAUCUAUUUGCAUGCAUAUUUCAUCACCCAAAAGAUAGACUUCCAAGUGGGUGGCAUCCCUCGGAUCCAGCUCAGUCUGAUCAGUAUGAUACUUGGCAGCCCACAAAUGCUAGCAGAAUAGAGAACUUUUGCCAACAGGAGCAGAUUGGAGCUGAAAUACAUGGCAUGCCAGAAUGCCCAUUCUAUAUGAAAACUGGGAAAUGCCAAUUUGGGUCAGCAUGUGAAUUUCGUCAUCUAAAAGAUACACGAUCAACUACAGAGGUAGAGGAACAUGCAAUGUAUCCUGAAAGGCCUGGUGAACCUGAAUGUUCCCACUAUAUGAAGCAUGGCUAUUGUAACUUUCAGAUGAACUGCAAAUUCCAUCAUCCAGGAGAUCGGCUUUGUAAGAAACCGGUCGACUCGACAUACCACUGAACUCAUUCACAUCUACCACGAGAGCAGAACAACGAUACAUUGUUUCCCAUUCGGAUGCUAUCAACAGGUACCUCGUCUAUUCCUUCCAAUCUCUUGGACGGUGAUCUUUCUGGUGUUAGAGCUGACUCGAGCCGGUAUGACUGAGUGACAAGUGAAGAGAGGAGGACCUGAUGAAAAUAAAUGAGUGACAACUGAAGAGAGGAGGACCUGAUGAACAGAAAUCUUUGGCUCUAGUGUUUUUUUUUUGGAUCAUGGAACACCAGUCACGAUUGUUCUUAUGUUAAAGAACUCAUUGGUUAGCUGCUACAGCAGUUAGUUGUCUGGUUGCGGCAAUCACUUCAAACUGAUACAUUAGCAUGAUUUGCUGUUGUUGCUCUCUGUCUACUUGUUAGCAUGCAUCUAGUUGUUAGCAUACA